UCUCAAUCAUAUUGUGGAGCCAAAACCCACUGUGCCAAUAACCACUACACCACAUUGGCUUACCAAGCAGUGCAUGAUGGUCCUGAAUACUUGAAUGGUCAUCACAGUAACAACAAAUGUAGAAAGCUACCAUGGCAAAGUAUGUCAGGUGUUGAGAAUCGUUGACCCUCCAGAUGUUGCUCCCACCAUCCCUAGCCAUUGGCUGUGCUUGGAACAACAUCUGUAAAGCCAAACAUUCCCCACACCUGAAGUAAUGUGGCACCCUAGGCAUGCUGCUGAGAUGGAAGACAGCUAGGAUCCCUAAUCCCAAUACUCAAGCCAGUUUCGGCAAAACAUUCGUUCAUUGAUACAUAUCUAUGCUGCUUUAUAAUUUUAAGAAUAAAAUCUCCAAGAGGUUUACAGCCUGCAUCAAACCAUCAAAGAAAGCAAUGCAAAAUAAAACAUUGCAGAAGAAAGUCAAGCUGCAUUCAAAACAACAAAAUAAAAUGAAGACAUUACCAUAACCAUUGCAAAAUAACAUUUUAUGAAAGGGAGUCAGAUAAAGUUGGAUGACCAAUGAUUCAGUCAGGUAUGCCCCCGUUAUGUCUCUGAACCAGAACCCCUUUUGAGGCGCAGUUAUAAAAACAACCAAGAAGGGGGGGGGGGCUCUGCUAGAGACCAAGUGAGGAGACCAGGCCAGAAGCUCUAACAAUGGAACUGGUUUUUCUUGUUGGGCAGGGCGAUAUUCACCUAAAAAAUCCCACCAGUGGAAGCCCUGGGCAAUGACUUCUGCCUGCAAAGCAAGGCUUUCCUCUCUCUCCUCCCCCUGCGCACCCCCAUGCCCUUUCCAAAAUUUGUUGUGGGGGAGAGCCAGGUGAACCGCCAGAACAGCAUGUGAGGGAAGGAGAGGAGGGAUUGUUCUGUCUGGCAAACUGAAAUGCUUGUGCUGAUGAAACAAUCUAUAAAAACAUGAGAAGACUUACAGUUAGCUGCAGGCCAGUCUGACAUAUUAGCUAGCAUAGCCAAAUUUCUCACCAGAUAACAUGUGUUUUUAAUUGUGUUUUUAAUAUUCUAUUGCGAGCCGCCCAGGGUGUCUGGGGAAACCCAGCCAGAUGGGCAGGGUAUAAAUUAUUAUUAUUAUUAUUAUUAUUAUUAAGAAUAUGUGAAGAUGAAAUUGGCUGUGUUAUCUGAGAAAAACCUCUGCCAUAUGAAAAAUGUAAUAAUGGUGAGUAAAAAAUGACUAUGGGAUAAUUUUUCUCUAUGACAUGGCCUUUAGGUAUAAGUAAUCAUUAUCUAGUUUUCAGCUUUUGCUCAGAAGACAAAAAUAUAACUUCAUUGGUUAUUGGGGGGGGAGCAGCACCAUGAAUAAAAUAACAACAUUAAAAAAUAGCAAUCCACUUCCCACAGGGACAUUGACCACUAACUGCCCUGCUGGGAAUGGGUUAAAGUUUAGCUGGAAUACGCCACCUAACCCCGCCCCUAUCUCUGCUGGGAUAUAUUUUAUAAAAUUAACAGUACUUCACAACUCCUUUGUAUCUAACAUCCAGUUCAUAGAACAGGAGUUUGAAAAAUCCUAUCUUUUGUUCCAAAAGGGGACUUAACAAAACCUUUAAAAGAUUAACCUGAGGAAUGAAAAUGCAGAACAUGGCCGGUUUCAGAGGAGGUUUGGUUUCCUUGAGAAAAUCUUAGUGACCUGCUAUUUGGUAAUCCUGUUAUAUUAAAGCUUUUUGAUAUGCUGAGAACUUCAGCUGUAAAGCAAACAUGUUUUUUUAAGUGACUGGAUGCUGUUACGGCCUCGCCAGUUUGAUAUAUAGUUACCUUCAUACUUCUCCUUUUGCAAAUACUAUUUAACACUGCAAAUAUGCAAACUUGUUACCAUAAUAAAAAUUUGUAAAUGUACAUGGCAACCCAAAAGUAGGUCAUACUUAGUUUAUAUGUCUUACUCUCAGGCAUUCCUUUACCUGGGAGUAAGUCACAUUGAGCACAAUUGGGCUUACUUCUGAGAGUCAUAUAUAUGUAGGGAGCACGGUAAAUGUUUUUAAUUGUGAAAGAUUGACUUUUUAUGUGUACCUACCAAAGUUCUGAGAGACAGGGGUUUAGAUAUUUUGUAUUAAGAAAUCCCAAAUGUCUGAACAAACAUUUAGUUUUAUCCUAUCUAGAAACUAAAAUAAAGCAGCCACGACUAAUUUGCCCUGUUUGACAAAAACAGGGAGGGGGAAACAACUGGGUCUGAUUGCAAUUGGAAACAAACUAUUAACCCUUAGCAAGCUGCUUCAGAACAAAUAAUUGCACCCACAGAACAACUCGCAUAAGCACAAAUGCAACUUCCCCUCCCUCCUCUCCUUUGAAUGCUCCUCAAAUCUGGGCCUUUUUAGUUCCAUCAUCUUUGAAUGUGGAUACGUGGCUGCAGGAUUGGCAAACACAUUUUUACAAAUAAUAGUUUAAGUUCUCUGACUUUUCCAAGUUUAGUUCCAAGUUUAUGUGUCUAGGAUUGAGCCAUGAAAGAACUCAGUUUACUUUGUGUUUUUCACCACGUUUAACGCACUUUCAAAUUCUUGAGAAAAUGAAACAUGUCCAGACUUUAAAGACCUAUAAAGUUUGUGUCACAGAGUUCCCAAAAAUCCUAAAAGAAGAAAUGAUGCACUCUAAUAUCAUUAGUUACUUAAGCUGUCAGAAUGGUUUCAGAUUGCUUUCCUUCCCCUAUACGGCCUCCAGUGUUGCAAUGGCAAAAGCUUCGUGCCCAGCCCUUCAAAUAGUGUGUAAUUUACAUAUCCAGAAAAUGGGGCUGUUCCAAGUAGGAGGCAAAUGAGAACAGAGUUUGCGAACUCUCAGAGGUCAAUGAGAGCAUAGCGUGCGAGUGCUUGUGAUUCAGAAUUGCUUCCUCUUCUGCAAUAUACUUUUAUUGUACAACUUCUGGUCACGCAGAAGCAAAUCUGCCUUUUAAAAGGGGUUGUGACAAGACUGAGGCAGCCAACAAGAUGGCCCAGAAAAAGACAAGUCUUGUGGAAAUAAUGGAGAAUCUGUUAGCCAAGACUCGAGUGGAGGAGAAUGAGGAGCUGCUGUUUACUUACAAAGGAGUGCUGUAUCCAAAACUUUGUAGUCCUGGGACCUUUGAAGCAUUGGAAGCCAUGGAAGCUAGGAAGGACGAUAGGCUGAUUGUUGCUUAUCCAAAAUGCGGUACUAACUGGGUGCUCCAAAUGGUCAAUGACAUGGUAGCUGCAACCCCAAGUUACAAGGACUUACCACCACUAGAAAACUUACAAAUGCUUGAAUUUGGACUGCCCACAAAAGUUCAGGACAUGGACAAGCAGCCUUCUCCACGUAUUUUUUCUACACAUUUUCAUUAUGAUAAUAUUCCCAAAUCUUUUUUUGAGAAUAAGGUGAAGAUGUUGGUAGUAUUCCGAAAUCCCAAAGAUGCUGCAGUAUCCUAUUACCAUUUUUACAACAAAAACCCUGUUCUUCCAGAUGUCAGUUCUUGGGAUGAUUUUUUUCAAAAAUUCAUGAGUGGCGAAGUUUGUUGGAAAUCCUACUUUGACCAUGCUCUUGCUUGGAACAAACAUAUGGAUGACGAAAAUGUCAUGAUCAUCACAUUUGAAGAGCUGAAAGAAAAUCUUCACGAAGGAGUGAAGCGAAUAGCUGAAUUUUAUGAAUUACCUCUGUCUGAUGAAAUGAUUAAGUCUGUUGCAGAGAGCUCUACCUUCCAAGCAAUGAGCAGUAAAUGUGAAGAAACACAUGGUCGGUUUGCUCCUGUCCUUUUCAGGAAAGGUGCUGUGGGCGAUUGGAAGACUUUAUUCACUGAGGCUCAGAGCCGGGAAAUGGAUGCAAAAUUUGAAGAGUGCUUAGCAGGAACUAAACUGGGUGCAAAGCUAAAAUAUGACCAAUAUUGUAAAUUUUAAACCUUGGAUUUGGACUUGUUAUCUGAAGCCUUUCGGUUAA